AUGGCUGCUCUCCCUCUGGUGAUGUUUCUCAUUACCAUGCUGCUCCCAGCAUUACCCAUACAGGCCAAGGACCCAGCUUUUACUAAUUUGUUAACCACUCAGACUCAAGUGCAAAGGGAAAUCGUAAACAAACACAAUGACUUGAGGAAAUCGGUCUCACCCCCGGCCAGCAACAUGCUGAAGAUGCAAUGGAGCUUAGAAGCAACUGGAAAUGCACAGAAGUGGGCAAAUAAGUGUACUUUAGAGCACAGCCAACAGGAGGAUCGAAAAACCAGAACAAAAUGCGGCGAGAAUCUCUACAUGUCAAGUGACCCGAUCAACCUGGUCAGCGUGAUCCAAAACUGGUUCAAUGAGAGAGAAGGCUUUACCUAUGGCAUAGGACCCAAGACGCCCAAUUCAGCCGUUGGGCAUUAUACUCAGCUCGUCUGGUACUCAACUUACCAAGUUGGAUGUGGAGUAGCUUACUGUCCCAGUCAGGAAAUGCUGAAGUACUACUAUGUCUGCCAGUAUUGCCCUGCUGGAAAUAAUGUGAAUAAAAAGAAAAUGCCUUACCAACAAGGAACACCUUGUGCCAGCUGCCCCAAUAACUGUGAAAAUGGACUAUGCACCAAUGGUUGCGAGUACGAAGAUCUCCUGAGCAACUGCGAGUCCCUGAAGACCACAGCUGGCUGUGACCACGAACUGCUGGUAGAGAAGUGCAAGGCCACCUGCCUGUGCCAAGACAAAAUCUACUAA